UCGUUCGACGCGACGCGAGUACGCUCAUAAAGUCAGUCAAAAACGCUAGGUCGCAGCGCUUGGUUGCGUCCGUCGCCGUGGCUGUGUCCUGUGCCCUCAAAAUUAACAACUCCAACGCAAACAACACCCGCGUCUUAUCGAUAUCCAAUCAAGUCAACUAGACGAAAACAAUUGAUAAACUAGUGUGAUUUUCAAGUGUGUGUCGUUCAUCGUCGCUUGUUUGGAUACGUUACCGAGGACGCGCCUUUCGCGUGCUCAUAAGACAACGUACGCCGAGCGCAGUUGGUUGCCUAUCAUACGAGCAUCACACCAUAGCAAAGCAUACAAGAUGAGCGCAUCGGUGUUCAAACCCAUUCACUCCUCCCUGAGCACGCUCAAUUUUGAGCUGCCCAGAAUACGGGGCACCAUCGUCAACAGGGGCAUGCGGAGCAUGGAAAAGGUGCGCCGUGUGCUCUUCGAACCCGUCGAUCACGCCGAAACCGAACAGUUCCUACGUACUGAGCUUGAUCAGUACGCGCACAACGAUUGCAAUAAAUGGGAGUUUGACUUCAAGCAGGAGAGACCCUGCAACCCCAACAACAACAAGGGUCGGUAUGCGUGGAAACCCGUCACACCGUCGAAGAUCUCCCUGGCUCCGCGAAAACGUCAACUGCAGGUCGAAUAUGAUAACAGUGAAUGUUAUCCAACACUUCCAGAGAAGGAUUUGACUAUGGUUGAUCCUGUAAGCAGUGAUGAGCUUAACACUGAGAUUCCUAAACGACAGAGUAAAAUCACAGAUUUCAUGCAGUCGCGAAAACGGGCGGCCGAUUUGGCGUUCACCAAGAAGGUGUCCGGUUCAUCAUCACCGAUUCCCACCAAACGCGCAUCAUUCAGCAGUUAAUCACACAACUUCUUUUUUUAAUUCAAUUAAUCAAAAAAUUCAACUGAUAAGAGAAAUCAUAACCACAAGAAAGAUACAAACUAUAAGAGAUCUCUAAAUAGUCCACGGUUGCAAAACGGAGGAUAAAACACACACAAUAUGUUCAAAACGUAACGCAGAAAGAAAAAGCAAAGGAAUUAUUUCUGAAUAGUUUAAUUUAAGUUGAAAAUUUUUCAUAUUUUAUAGUGUUGUAAAUUUUUUGAGUUUAUUAUUUAUUUUAUUUCUCUUUUAAGUUCUAAUAUUCGAUAUGACAUCAUCGAUUGUGGCGCGUGAACUGCACAAGAAUUGUUGCAGUGAUGGCCAAAAAAAAAACACUACUGUAAGUUCGCAUUCGUCUUUUUCCUGCUCAGCUGUGAGCAGAUUUCUUUCCCAUGGACUUUGAGCUAACUGUGAUGCACUGAUAUAUCUAAAAAAAUAGCUAUUUUCAGGCAUUAUUUUCAAAUUCGUGAUGAAUUUUAUUUUCGUACUAAUUGAUCACUAAUCCCAGUUGAAAUGAUUUGAUUCGAAUUUCGAUCAAUUAAUCGUAAUUUUCGUUGUGUACUAAUUUAUUAAAAAUAAAUUUAUGGAAAGUAUUGGUGAUGCUUCAGAUUUCGGCACUAUGCAAUGCAUAAUCAAAUGGCGUAUUGUACAAACACACUCUUCUCUAAUCUAGACACAAAAGUUAUACGACAAAAUUGUUUGUGAAACGCCUGUAAAAUGAAGAAAAGCAAAUUAAGAGGAAUUUAUAAUAGCAACACCUGUGAUGUAUAAUAAGAUUUUGAUCUCAAUUUUCAAAUACAUUUUAGAGUAUAAACAUUAAAAUAAUAUUUUAUACAUGAAUUUUAUUAGUUUAGUGAAAGUAUAUUAUAAACACUUAUAUUUGAAUAUACGUAUGUAGCUUGGAAAAUCAACAACAACCUGACGGGAUGGAAAAGUGCAUUAUUAUUGUAUAAUUUCAAUUAUCAAUGUACGUGUGUGUUUUGUAAGAUCCCAAUUUUAUUCUUAGUUGUAAUUAUUAAUCACAUUACCGUAAUAUGUUCACAAUCGCAUCAAUCGAGCGAAAAAAUCAUUUUUAAUUCGAAUUGAUGCAAAUAAAUGGGCUUCACAUGUUGUUAUAAAGAA